AUGGAUACUAGACCUUUCACGAUAUCAUAUGGCUCAAUUGAGCAUACAUUGGUUAUUCCAAUCUCUCAAUUUUUUUUAGUGUCUCAAUUGAACGACCAGUUCUUGAAACUAGAAUUACCUAACCAUCAGCAACCAUCGGAAGAUUUCCAAAGUGACGAAGAGCCUACUUCUCCAGUGGAGUUGUUGGGUAAGUUCAUCGGCUACGUCACGUCUUUGAUCGACACCGCUGGUUCUGAUGAAUCCCAGCAGAAGAAAAUUACCUCGAUACUAGAGUUGACUUUCAAGGACUUCGAGAGCUCUUAUUUGAACGGUAACGAUAUUCACACUUUGGCAGCUAAGUUACUCCAGGACAAUGAUAUCGCUCUGGAAGAACAAGUAGAAGCUGUGGAGAACAACACGAAUAACAAGCAAGAAGUGUUCCCAACCACAUUACCAAAAGUUAAGGAAUUGGUGAAGAACUACUUAAACGCCAAAGUGCUUUUGCACAAGCUUGGUGUCAUCACUGUCCAGAAUAGUCAAAACAAGAUAAACUCUGCAUUGUUCGGUAGCGAUAUCACCAAAAUUUACGCCAUCUUCGGUGGCCAAGGUAACACCGACGACUACUUCGAAGAACUGCGUGACUUAUACCAAACAUACAGCUACCUAAUAGAAGAUAUCCUAGAUUUUGUCUCUAAGACACUAAACAACUUACUGAAAAACUCUUCCCAGGAUAUGGAAAAGAUCUUCACUCAAGGUUUAGAUGUUAAGCACUGGUUGAAAUACCCUAACGCUACCCCAGAGAACGACUACCUGUUGUCUAUUCCAAUCUCUUGUCCAUUAAUUGGUGUUAUACAGCUCACUCAUUAUGCGUUGACUGCAAGACUAUUAAACGUUACCCCAGGAGAAUUGAGAAGCAAGAUUCAAGGUGCUACUGGUCAUUCUCAAGGUCUAGUGGCAGCUGUAUCCAUUGCCGAGGCUGACUCUUGGGAUGCUUUCUUCAAAUCUUUCGAAAAGGCCAUCACUUUACUGUUCUUCAUCGGUGUGCAUUGUUACUUGGCUUACCCAAAAACCUCUCUACCACCUUCUAUUCUACAAGAUUCUCUAGAGAAUGGUGAAGGUGUUCCAUCUCCUAUGUUAACCAUCUCUAACCUAACCAAAGAACAAGUUCAAGAAUAUGUGGAUAAGACGAACAGCCAUUUACCAGCUGAGAAGCAUAUCGUCAUUUCUUUAGUUAACGGUGCUAGAAACCUAGUUGUAUCGGGUCCCCCACAAUCCCUAUACGGUCUAAACUUGACUCUGAGAAAGGCUAAAGAACCAAGUGGUCUUGAUCAAUCAAGAAUUCCAUACAGUGAGAGAAAGCUAAGAUUUUCCAACAGAUUCUUACCUGUUGCAUCACCAUUCCAUUCUCAUCUGUUGGAACCAGCUAACGAAGCAAUUAUUGACAAUCUAAAGGCAUUUAAUGUUGAGUUUUCUGCCAAGGAUUUGAAAAUUCCUGUAUAUGACACAUUCGAUGGCUCCGAUUUGAGAGAUAACUCUGGAUCAAUUGUCCAGAGAAUUACCGAUUGCAUUAUCAGAUUACCUGUUAACUGGGAAACAUCGACUAAAUUCGAAGCUACCCAUAUUCUUGAUUUCGGCCCUGGUGGCACAUCAGGUUUGGGUGUCUUGACUCACCGUAAUAAAGAUGGUACUGGUGUUCGUGUUAUUGUAGCUGGUACCCUAGAUAUUAAUCCAGAUGAUGACUAUGGUUUUAAGCAAGAGAUAUUUGAAGUUGCAAGCAACAGUGUUAAGCAAAAUCCAAACUGGUUGAAGGAAUUCUGUCCUAAGCUAGUUAAGACUAAGGCAGGUAAGGUAUAUGUUGACACUAAGUUCUCAAAGAUGAUUGGUAGACCUCCACUAUUGAUUCCUGGUAUGACACCAACUACUGUUUCGCCUGAUUUUGUUGCUGCUACUAUUAAUGCAGGUUACACUAUUGAACUGGCUGGUGGUGGUUAUUUCUCUCCUGGACAUAUGACCCAGGCUAUUGAUGAAGUUGUAUCCCAAAUAAAGAAGGGUUACAGUUUAGGUAUCAAUCUAAUUUAUGUCAACCCAAGAAUGCUACAGUGGGGUAUUCCAUUGAUAAAGGAACUAAGGGAAAGAGGAUAUCCUAUACAAUCCUUAACAAUUGGUGCCGGUGUUCCAUCUCUAGAAGUUGCCACAGAAUACAUAGAAACUCUGGGUUUGACACAUCUAGGUCUAAAACCUGGUUCUAUUGAUGCUAUUUCUCAAUGUAUCAACAUUGCAAAAGCUCAUCCAAACUUCCCUAUCGUACUGCAAUGGACUGGUGGUAGAGGUGGUGGUCACCAUUCUUUUGAAGACUUUCAUCAACCUAUGCUUCAAAUGUAUUCUAAGCUAAGAAGAUGCAAGAAUAUCAUAUUAAUUGCAGGUUCUGGUUUUGGUGCUGCUGAAGAUACUUACCCAUACUUAACAGGUGAAUGGUCUGCAAAAAUGAACUAUCCACCUAUGCCAUUUGAUGGUUUACUGUUUGGUUCUCGUGUUAUGGUAGCAAAGGAAGCAAAGACUUCUCUAGCAGCUAAGAAAUUGAUUGUUGACUGUGUAGGUGUCCCUGACAACCAAUGGGAGCAGACAUACAAGAAGCCAACUGGUGGUAUUAUAACUGUUCGUUCAGAGAUGGGUGAACCAAUCCACAAAAUUGCUACCCGUGGUGUUUUGUUCUGGAAGGAAAUGGAUGACACUAUUUUCACUCUACCCAAGAAUAAGCUUCAAGCUGCUUUAGAUGCUAAGAGAGACUACAUCAUUGAAAAGUUAAACAGUGUCUCUCAAAAGCCUUGGUUUGCUACAGUGAAUGGUGAAGCUCGUGAUUUGACUAGUAUGACAUAUGAGGAAGUCGCCAAGAGAUUAGUUGAGUUAAUGUAUAUCAGAAAGACAAACUCCUGGAUUGAUAUUACUUUGAGAAACUUCACAGGUGACUUCUUGAGACGUGUGGAAGAGCGUUUCACCACUCAAAAAACAUCAUCUGUUAUUCAAUCUUAUGCGAUUUUGGAAAAGCCAGACGAGGCCAUCAAGCUGGUCUUUGAUGCAUACCCAUGUGCUAAGGAUCAAUACUUAAAUGCUCAAGAUGUUGACUAUUUCUUAGCUCUUUGUCAAAAUCCAAUGCAAAAGCCAGUUCCGUUUGUUCCUGUCUUGGACCAGAGGUUUGAAUUUUUCUUCAAGAAGGACUCUUUAUGGCAAUCUGAGCAUUUAGAAGCCGUUGUUGAUGAAGAUGUUCAAAGAACAUGUAUUUUACAUGGUCCAGUGAGUGCUCAAUACACCACUAAGGUCGAUGAACCAAUCCAAGAUAUACUGGAUGGUAUCCACAACGGCCAUAUUGAUAUGCUAUUGAAGGACUAUUAUGGUGGCGAUUCAUCCAAAAUCCCUGUAGUUGAAUACUUUGGUGGUGAAGAUCCUGUAGAGAUCAAUAACACAGAAAUUGUCAAAGAUGAAGACACUUUAGUAUUGGAUGCUUCUACCAUCAAGGAUGAAGCCUACUGGUUCAAGCUACUUUCAGGUUCUAAGAGAAACUGGAGACAUGCGUUCUUCUCUACUGAUAGAUUGGUUCAAGGGUCAUCUUACACCGAAAAUCCAGCAAGAAAGGUUUUCAAACCAAGUAAGCACAUGUUUGUUGAGAUUACCAACGCCAACAAUGAAGAAAAAUGUGUUAUUACAUUGAAGGAAAUGGUUCAAGGUGAACUAAAGAAGACAGCUGUUUUGAAGUUAAUCCAAAAAGAUUUAAUUGAAAUGGACAUGAUUGAGAACAGAACAAUGGAUGGAAAACCUGUUGUUUUGCCAUUGUUGUACAAGUAUAACAUUGAAGACGGUUUUGCUCCAAUUUCAGAAGUUAUGGAGGACAGAAACCAAAGAAUUAAGGAGAUGUAUUGGAAAUUAUGGAUUGGUGAACCAUUCAACUUGAAGUUUGAUCCAAGAAAGGAAAUUAAAGGUAGUGAUUUUAAGAUCACUAAACAAGAUAUCCAAGAAUUCACCCACGCUAUUGGUAACAAUUGUGAAGAUUUUGUACCAAGAUCGGGUAGAGACCUUCUUGCCCCAAUGGAUUUUGCCAUUGUCGUAGGCUGGAGAGCUAUCAUCAAAGCUAUUUUCCCAGAAACUGUUGAUGGUGAUUUGUUAAAGUUGGUUCAUUUAUCCAACGGCUAUCAAAUGCUUCCAGGUGCUAAGCCUUUGAAAGAGGGUGAUAUUAUCUCUACUUCUGCUUCGAUCAAAUCUGUCGUCAACCAACCAACAGGUAAGAUCGUUGAAGUUGUUGGAACCUUAAGCAGGGACUCCAAACCAAUUAUGGAGGUCACAUCAUCUUUCUUUUACAGAGGCAAAUACUCCGAUUUUGAGAAUACUUUCCAAAAGACUGUUGAACCAAUUUAUGAAAUGAACAUCAAGUCUGCUAAAGACAUCGCUGUGUUACGUUCUAAGGAGUGGUUCCAGUUAGAUGAUGAAGAUAUUGAUUUAUUGAAUAAGGUUCUAUCAUUUGAAACCGAAACAGAAGUGACCUUCAAGGAUGCAACAAUCUUUUCUUCCGUCAAAUGUUCUGGUCCUAUCUUUAUGGAACUACCAACUAAGGAAAAGAUUGAAAUUGGUAUUGUUAACUAUGAAGCUGGCGAAUCCUACGGUAAUCCUGUAAUUGACUUUUUGAAGAGAAAUGCUGCUACGCUAGAACAGAAAGUCAAUCUAGAGAAUCCAAUUCCUAUUGCUGUUCUUGAUUCAUACACACCAAGUACUAACGAACCAUAUGCCAGAGUCUCAGGUGAUUUGAAUCCAAUCCAUGUUUCUCGUCACUUUGCAGCUUAUGCUGAUCUACCAGGAACAAUUACACAUGGUAUGUAUUCCUCUGCUGCUGUUCGUGGUCUGAUUGAAAAUUGGGCUGCUGAUAGUGUAUCUUCUAGAGUUAGAGGUUUCAACUGUCAAUUCACAAGCAUGGUCCUGCCUAAUACUCCACUGAAAACCAGUAUUCAACAUGUCGGUAUGAUUAACGGUCGUAAACUGUUCAAGUUUGAGACUAAGAACGAGAAUGAUACAGUUGUCUUGGUCGGUGAAGCUGAGGUUGAACAGCCAGUUUCCGCAUUUGUUUUCACUGGUCAGGGUUCUCAAGAGCAAGGUAUGGGUAUGGAUCUUUACGAAAAAUCUGCUGUUGCUAAGGAAGUUUGGGACAGAGCUGAUAAACAUUUCAAAGAGACAUAUGGUUUCUCUAUCCUAAAUAUUGUUAAGAACAAUCCAAAUGAAUUUACUGUUCAUUUCGGUGGUGAAAAGGGUAGAAAGAUCAGAGAGAACUACUCAAAUAUGAUCUUCGAAACCAUUGUUGAUGGUGAAUUAAAGGCUGAAAAGAUUUUCAAAGAAAUCGAUGAGACAACUACUUCUUACACUUUCAAGUCACCAACUGGUUUGUUGUCUGCAACUCAAUUCACUCAACCAGCUUUAACUCUGAUGGAAAAAGCUGCCUUUGAGGAUUUGAAAGCCAAGGGUGUUAUUCCAGUGGAAGCUGCCUUUGCUGGUCACUCUUUGGGUGAAUAUGCUGCUUUGGCCUCCCUUGCUGAUGUUAUGUCUAUUGAAUCCUUGGUUGAAGUUGUCUUCUACAGAGGUAUGACCAUGCAAGUAGCUGUUCCAAGAGAUUCGGCUGGAAGAUCUAACUAUGGUAUGAUUGCAGUUAACCCAGGAAGGGUUUCCCCAACGUUCACACAAGAUGCCCUUCAAUUUGUAGUUGAAAAGGUUGGUUCUAGAACUGAAUGGUUACUUGAAAUUGUCAACUACAAUGUUGAAAACCAACAAUAUGUUGCAGCUGGUGACUUGCGUGCUUUAGAUACAUUGACCAACGUACUAAACUUCAUCAAGAUCCAAAAGAUUGAUAUUGCCAAGUUGCAAGAUGAGAUGUCUCUAGAAAAGGUUGAAGAACAUCUAUUUGAGAUUGUUGACGAAAUAUCUAAAAAGUCUACUGCUAAACCACAACCAAUUGAAUUGGAGAGAGGUUUUGCUUGUAUCCCAUUGCGUGGUAUUUCCGUCCCAUUCCACUCUUCAUACUUGAGAAACGGUGUGAAGCCGUUCAAGAACUUCUUAAACAAGAAUAUUAUGAAGGACAACGUGAAGGUUGACAGAUUGAUUGGCAAGUACAUCCCUAACUUGACUGCCAAGCCAUUCCAAAUCACCAAAGAAUACUUUGAAGACGUCUACAAGUUGACCGGAUCCGACAGGAUCAAGGAAAUCCUGGAUAACUGGGAGAAAUAUGAAGCUUAA